GCCGGUACAACGACUUGUAAAGCGCUGCAGCCGCAACCUGCGGGGGCUGCCUCGAAAAGCGAGAGCAACAAACGACAACAAUGCCGGCCACGGGCGCCUCGCCCGCGCCGCCGCCGCCGCCGCGCUCGAAGGUGAAGCGCAAGGCGCCGAAGCCCCCCGUCCAGCAGCCCUUUGCGGAUGAUCCCUACGGCCAGGGCAUCCCGGGCGCGAACCCCUACGGCUUCACGUCCUACGACCCGGACCAAGCGGCGCCGUAUGAGGACGCUUUUGACGAACAGCCGGUAGGUGGGUCGGGCUUCGCGGCCGUGAACGCCGCGCGCCAGGCUGUGGAAGAUGAGGCCGGUGCUCUGGACGAGCAGCCGGAGGAGGACGAUGAGGCGACGAUGGAGCCGCCCGUCGAAGAAGCCCCGCAGAAGCCGCACAUCUUGGAGAGCGAGCCCGAGACGGUCAUCGGCGAAACGCUGCAGAUCGAAGGGACAUUAAGGUUCGAACGAUUACUGCGACUCGACGGCAAGUUCGAGGGCGAUUUAGUAUCCACGGGUGACUUGAUCGUGGGCCCGCGCGGCGAGUUAGUGGGAGAUGUCCGGGACAUGGCCGAUUUGGUGGUCUUCGGCAAGGUCAUCGGCAACAUCAACGUGGACCACCUGGAGCUCUGCGGCGCGGCGUCGAUUUAUGGGGACGUGACCUGCAAGACGCUGCUGAUGGACCCGACGGUCGUAUUGGUGGGCACGCUGAACGUGAACCCCUUCGCGCCGAAUUUGAUGGAUCGACAUGGAGACGAGGUGCCCCCUGAAGGCGCGGGCGUUGUUCCCAAUUCGCCGCCGACAUCUCCUGCGAAGGAGCCGGCGGAGGCUCCGGCUGCCGCGCCUCCUGUGGAGGAGCCACCGGCCUCGGCGCGGAGCGAGCCCGAGGCGACGCCGGCCGUCGAGGCCGCGCCGUCUCCCGUGAAGGCGCCCGAGCCCGCGAAAUCGCCCGAGAAGCCCGCCGAGCCGGAGCCGGUCCCGAGCCCGGCGAAGAGCCCGGCGAAGGAGCCCGCGCCCGAGCCGACCGAGGCGCCGGCGUCGCCGGCCAAGGCGGCCCCGGCGCCCGAGCCCGUCGCGGAGCCCGCGAAGGCGCCGGAGCCCGAGCCCGCGGCGGCCGCCGAGCCCGCGAAAUCGCCGGAGAAGCCUGCUCCGGCGGAGCAGGUCGGCGGCGCGCCGCCCGCCGCGGAGACUGCCGACAGCGCGCCGGCGGAGGCCGCGAAAUCGCCAGCGAAGCCCGCCGAGCCCGCGGCCGAGCCCGCUGCCGAGCCCGUAACCGCUGGUGGGGGCGGCGGGGUAUCAGUCCCAGAGACUGCGACGGGCGCGGCAGAUGGCGGCGAGAGCCGGCCUCCGAGCGCGGGAGAGGCCGCGGUCAGCGAGGCACCGGCUGCGGCGCCGGCGGCGUGAUGGAUUUAUCCCGCUUCCCCAGAUAAGUUACAUACACUUA